AUGAAGGAGGAGAUCGCUGCCGCCGUGUUCUUCGUGGCCCGGCUGGUGAAGAGGUACGGCUGCCUGGACAACGACGGCAGGGAGCGCUUCGCCGCCGCCCUCACCGCGGUUCUGUUCGAGAACUACAAGAACCACUGGCACCCCAACGCACCCACCAAGGGUCAGGCCUACAGGUGUCUGCGUGUGAACCGGCUGCAGCUGCAGGACCCGGUGCUGCGGCAGGCCUGCGACCGGAGCCCGGUUCGCUACGAGGAUCUGGGCCUCCCGCUGGAGCUGACUGUGUGGGUCGACCCUGGAGAGGUGUCCUGCAGGUACGGCGAACGAAGCGCGCCGUUCUGCGUCUCCGUGGUGACCGGCUGCCGCAGAGCGGACGGACAAUUUUCCCGCCGCAUCCACGACGCCGUGGAGCGGGCGAGCCUCGACGUCCAAUCGGGAAGCUCCUCGGACGAGGAGGACCUGGGCGUGGACAACAGCAUGAGCAGCGGCAACCUGUCGGCCCUUUGCCCCUUUUCGGUCGCUCCCGGCAACACGGAGCCCAAAACCAUCCCAACGGUCAGCAACCCCAACAGCGUCUACCGGUUCAGUGAGUUUUCUCCGGGCGCCCCUCAGACCUGGCUGAGGGACAAGAGGAAGGCCGACUCCUUCCCGCCUCACCCUCCUCCCCCAGUCGGAGGUCCCACCUCCCAGUUCUCCACCCAGAAAAGUUUCAAGUCCUUUCGCGCCACCUUCACCUUCGCCGGGCCUCGCGUCGACAAAUACCACUGGGUCAGCAAAUCCCGAUAGCUCGCCAGCAACCGGAAUCUGGUGCGUCCACGCAACGUCGACUCCCGUUUGAGGGGGAAAGAUUAAGGACGGUUUGCUCUGCUUAAAGGAUCAAGUUUACUCUUUGUAUACAAUUUAAGUGUUAAUGAUUUAACGUAAUGCUAUUUAAGCACGA